AUGCGGGAGUCGUUCGCGGAGCAUGGCAUUAAACUGUGGAACUCUCUGCCACAAUCUAUUCUCCCGGUCGAAUCCUUUCGCCCAGAGAUCCCUCGAAUACAGAUCCCGUUCCUUGAAGAUGGCAAAAGCCUCUCGGGCAUUCCUCCUCGUGAGAACGCCAAGGUUCCUUCUCGUCCUUCUCCAAGCAGUUCUGCUGCAACCUGCCGGACGUUUUCUGACCCAAUUCAUCCGAUGGCCUUUUCUCGCACAGGUCUCUGGUUCUUCGCCCCUAGCGCUUGGGGGGGCUGGGUUAUCGGGGGCAAGGAAAUUGUGCCCCAUUCCCAGCCCUUCAUGGCCUCCAUCCAGGUGAAUGGGGCGCACGUCUGCGGUGGGUUCUUGGUGCGGCGAAGGUGGGUCAUGACGGCGGCUCACUGCCUGAUGCCCAGGCGAUCGCCGUCUGUCCGCAUCGUGCUUGGCGCCCACUCCCUCGUGGCCCCCGAGGCCUCGCAGCAGAUUUUCGGGGUGCAAGAAUCCAUCGCUCACCCACUUUACAACUCUGGAACCGUGACGAACGACAUCCGCUUGCUCAAACUGAACGGCUCGGCCGUCUUCAAUCACGCUGUUCAACGUGUCAGGAUCCCGCGAGCCAACACCGACCCCUGCCCGGGAGUCAUGUGUCACGUGACGGGCUGGGGGGACACCUCCAAUUUUGGGACGAUCCCCACCAUACUGAUGGAGGCCAACACAACCAUUGUCGACCGGAAAGCAUGCAACGUAUCGUGGGCUGGCCAAAUCCACCGCUGCAUGAUCUGCGCCGCAAACACCGACCCCAGUCUCCGGGGAUUUUGCUCGGGCGACUCAGGCGGACCCCUGCUUUGCGGUUCCAGAGUCCACGGGAUCGUCUCUUUCAACGGACGCCGUUGCGGAGACCGCCGGUUCCCGGACGUCUACACUCGCAUCUCCAAAUACAUCGCCUGGAUCCGUUACGUACUACAGACGUUUUGAAUUGGAGCAGCUUGUGUGUGUGUGUGUCUUUGGGGAAGGCCGUGUUGGGGAGAAUUUUCUGUCCUCCCCUCAGGAAGGAAGCGAUGGAGAUGGAAUAACAAUAGCUUUUUAAAAAAUUAAAAAAUAAACCCUCCAUUUUAUAAAA